UCGGAAAUCAUGAUCCGUGGUACGAAUGCGACUUUGAACAUUCAACAUCCUUGCAUCACUGUGUCCGAAUCUCCAGGCCUAACCUGAAUUACCCCAGUGUUGAACAAACAAGUCUGGAACAAACUAAUAGUUCAGUAAUAUUGGGGAAAGUUGGAGAAUGAGGGGCUGCUGCUGAACGCCGAGAUGGUCAGCUGGUUGGCGCCAUGGCGAUAUCGACCACAGAUGUUGGCGCCAUGGCGAUAUCGACCACAGAUUUGGGUCCCGAGAGCUCAUGAUGGCAUGGACUAGCUGGUAUGGAACUAGCAUGACGGCACUGUCAUGCCACUUAGGAUGUCCGUGCUGCAUAGUAGAUCCAUGGCGGCCGGCACCAGUUUCCGGUUCGCCGACCAAGGUGCUGCUUUUCUCGGGCCGGACGGUCUGGUAUCGGGCGAGGGGUUUUGUUAAAGUAUCCCAGAAUACCCUCCUGCGGCCCGUGGAUGAUGAAGGCACGGAACAUCUUUUGUUCGGUUAUUGAUGUAAUGCAAAACGAUAUCACACUCGCGCCCGUGCCGUGUCG